ACACACACACACACACACACACAGACAGAGUCAGGGGCUCCGAGGUCGAGCAACGGACGGCAGCCGAGGGGUUUUAGACGCAAAGUGAACGGUUACCCAGAAAUAUCAGCCACGUCUUAUUGUUGUCAAGCCAAUACUUGCUACCGUCUGUCACAGACCGAGAGAGAGAGAGAGAGAGAGAGAGCGAGCUGCCGAGCUCCUCUCCGGGGGGCUGCGAGACGGACAGCUGUGACCGCCGUCCACACGGACUCACCGUCGCGUGACAGCUGUUAGCACUGACGGUUUACGAACUCUGGACAUGUCGAGCGCCGGAUCGAUAGCUCGCGGACCAGCCGAGUCGCCGUGGUAACUUGACGGGCUCGUCUCCGGUAGCUAGCGCUAGCUUGUUUUUCCGGCAGCACGCCUGGCUCGUAACUCGGGAUGGCGAAAGUUUUACGCGUUUCCCUUUUAUAAAACGGCCAAUGGGACAGUGCAACCUACCGCCUUAACGAGCGGUCGUGUGUCGGGCGCCUACGCGGGAUGAAAAUCUAAUUGCGGGUAUGUGUGUUGCUCUUUUAAGUUUGCUGCAGCGCCAGUGUAGCCUCGGCUAGCUGCCCAGCGUUAGCCCACCUCAAGCCAUUCAAGUUAAACUUCAACGGAGGUUGCCAGACCCCUCAGUCAAUAACCCCCUCCAGGUGUACGUGUUAAAGGGCGGGAUAAUGACCAUCUAAACAAGCCGUCACGUGAGGAAGCCUGAUGGUCUCUAAAGAAGAAGUCGACGUCUUCCUGUUCCUGUUGACACUGAGGGUGUUAUUCGUUCCGGACAGAGCAGACUGCAAGUGGGCAGGUCAUCGUCCCAUACCCCCCCCUCGCUGAAGAAGACCCUCCCGUGUGAUUUCAACUUGGCUGCUUUGAGAUCAAGGACAGACGCCGUGCCCACGCCGCCUCUGUAGAUAUAUAUGCAAUGACUUCAUGCUACAGAGAGUAGAAUGAACACUCGUCUCAUUUUAAUUCCCGGCGCUGCUUUGGGCAGAGUUGGAAGUUGAUGCAGAGAAAAAAAAGCUGCUGUUCUGUGACAAGUUGGCCUUUUUUUUAUUCUGGGCCCUGUUUCUUUGCACUGUCCCAGCAUAGUGUGCAAACUGGUAUGGCGCUGGAGGCCAACUGAGCCAAAAGGGGGACACCCGGCUGCACUGGAGGAUUAGACACUGGACCAGGAGAGCAGGCCCACAGGGACGCACAUCAUGCUGCCGGGACACUAGGCUCCCUGUUCAAGCCCCCUCUGUGUGGCUCUUGGUUUUUUUCUUCUUUUCCUCCAAUCUCAUCGGUUUGGAUGGUCGAGCACAAGGGCGACUUUGAAGGAACCCACCGGUGGCUGUGGUUUGGCCAAAGCUGACAGACAUUUUUUGCCAGCUAAAUGCUGAUUAAGUAUCCUUGUCCACUGCUCCCUUUGCUGUGGUCUCCAGUAUGGUGAGUGGUGUCUGGAGGCAUCGCAGGAGUGGAACUGAACAGUCAGCACUGUUGUAGCUGGUUACUUUCAUUUUUAAAAUUUUGUAUUUUUUUUAUUGCACUGUGGAGGAUUGUGUUCGAAGUUUUCAAGGACUUUUCCCUUUCCCCUCUGUGCCGGAAAAAAACAACCCAGUCAAGGUCAAUUUUUUUUUCCAAAUUUGAAAUCCCGGAAAGAAGACCGAGUUCCAGAGGAGGAUGAAACUGAGGAAACAGGUGACAGUGUGUGGAGGGGCCAUAUUCUGUGUGGCUGUGUUCUCACUGUAUCUGAUGUUGGAUCGAGUCCAACAUGAUCCUGCAAGGCGACAGAAUGGUGGGAACUUUCCACGGAGCCAAAUCUCAGUUCUACAGAACCGGAUAGAGCAGCUUGAGCAGCUCCUGGAGGAAAACCACCAAAUCAUCAGCCACAUAAAAGACUCUGUGAUGGAGCUCACGGACACAGGAGCUGUGUCUCCCAGCGGCCACCUGCCAUUCAGAAGUGCCAAUGGUUCCUGGGUCCUUCCAUUCGAUGGCCGCCCCACUUUCCUUGCUGUCAAACCCCAGGACUGCCAGUUAGCUGUAGGCAACGGAGAUCAAGCAGACGUUCAGAUGCUGGAUGUGUACUCCCUGCUGAAGUUUGACAACCCCGACGGUGGCGUAUGGAAGCAGGGCUUUGACAUCACCUAUGAGGCUGAUGAGUGGGACAAUGAACCGCUCCAAGUGUUUGUGGUCCCUCACUCCCACAAUGACCCGGGUUGGAUCAAGACUUUUGACAAGUACUUCACAGACCAGACGCAGCAUAUUUUAAACAACAUGGUGGUGAAGUUGGCUGAGGAUCCUCGCAGGAAGUUCAUCUGGUCUGAGAUUUCAUUCUUCUCCAAGUGGUGGGAGACUGCUGACAUUCACAAACAGGAGGCUGUACGCAAACUGAUCCUUGGUGGGCAGCUGGAGAUCGUGACAGGAGGCUGGGUGAUGACGGACGAAGCCAACGUUCACUACUUUGCCAUGAUUGACCAGCUCAUUGAAGGACACCAGUGGCUGGAGAGAAAUCUGGGUGUAACUCCUCGCAGUGGCUGGGCAGUAGACCCUUUUGGGCACAGUGCCACUAUGUCCUAUCUGCUGAAGAGAGCCAACCUGACCAGCAUGCUCAUUCAGAGAGUCCACUACACCAUCAAGAAGCACUUUGCCUCCACCCGCAGCCUGGAGUUUAUGUGGAGGCAGUCCUGGGACACCGGAUCGAGCACAGACAUGUUUUGCCACAUGAUGCCAUUCUACAGCUACGACGUGCCUCAUACCUGUGGGCCCGAUCCGAAGGUCUGCUGCCAGUUUGACUUCAAGAGGUUACCAGGUGGUCGGAUCAACUGUCCCUGGAAGGUGCCGCCGAAAGCCAUAGUGGAGGCCAACGUAGCGGAGAGGGCACAAUUGCUCCUGGAUCAAUACCGUAAAAAGUCCAAGCUCUACCGCAGCAAGGUGCUUCUUGUCCCCCUGGGAGACGACUUCCGCUACGACAAGGCCCUGGAGUGGGAUCAGCAGUACAUCAACUACCAGAAGCUGUUUGACUACAUGAAUUCUCACCCAGAGAUGCAUGUACAGGCUCAGUUUGGGACUCUCUCAGACUACUUCAACGCCAUGUACAAAGCAAACGGAGUGGCCCAGGGAUCCAGACCUGCAGACUUCCCGGUGCUGAGCGGGGAUUUCUUUGCCUACGCAGACCGAGAAGAUCACUACUGGACUGGCUAUUUCACCUCUCGGCCCUUUUACAAGAGCCUGGACCGUGUGAUCGAGUCGCACCUCAGGGGGGCAGAGAUCCUUUACAGCCUGGCAGUUGCGAAUGCUCGACAUGUGGGCAUGGACGGACGCUACCCGGUUUCGGACUACGCCCUGCUUGUGGACGCGAGGCGGACCGUUGGUCUCUUCCAGCAUCACGACGCAAUCACUGGCACUGCGAAGGAGAAUGUUGUCGUCGACUAUGGCACCAAAUUACUGCGUUCGCUCAUUGGUCUGAAGAGGGUGAUCAUUAAUGCUGCUCAUUUCCUGGUGAUGAAGAACAAAGAGUUUUAUCGCUUUUACCAGACGGAGCCCUUCCUGGAGACGGAUGAUCGGCGAGCGACUCAAGACUCUCUGCCUCAGCGCACUUUGAUCGAACUGGACCCAGCAGGGCCGAGGUACCUGGUUCUGUUCAACCCCAUAGAGCAGGAGCGGCUGUGUGUGGUGACUGUGUUGGUCAACACCGUCAGGGUGCGGGUGCUCACCGAGGACGGACAGACCCUCCCCGUGCAGCUGAGCGCUCAGUGGAGCUCGGCGAGUCAAAUGAGCGCAGAGGUGUUUGAGGCAACGUUCAUGGUUCGUCUGCCACCUCUGGGUCUGGCCGUUUUCCAUCUCUACGACUCCCCGGACUCGCCCAUGACGCUCCGCUCGGACACCCUGCUCAGGCUGUCUGGGCGCGGUGUCACGGCCCGGGCGGCGGACCCGCUCCCGGUGCGCUCUCGGCAGUCCGACCCUCAAACCUUCUACGUCAGCAGUCAGUCGCUUACGCUGGGCUUCUCCGGAACCACCGGCCUGCUGGAGAGUAUCAAGCGCAAGGACGAUCCCCAGGAAGUGAAGGUUCAGAUGCAGUUUGUGGUCUACGGCACUCGCCCCUCUAAGGACAAAAGCGGGGCUUACCUCUUUCUACCUGACGGAAAAGCAAAGCCCUACCACCAGAAGGAAUCACCCGCGGUGCGUGUCGUGGAGGGGCCUCUCUUCUCCGAGGUGGUGGCGCAUUACCAGCACUUUCAGCAGACCGUUCGCAUCCACAACGUGCCAGGUGUGGAUGGCUUAUCUGCAGACAUCACCACCACGGUGGACAUCAGAGAUCAGACCAAUAAGGAGCUGGCCAUGCGCCUGGUCACUGACAUCCAGAGCGGAGAUGUCUUCUACACGGACCUUAACGGCUUCCAGAUGCAGCCCCGUCAACACUAUCUGAAGCUUCCCCUGCAGGCCAACUUUUAUCCCAUGCCCAGCCAGGCGUACAUCCAGGACAGCCAGCAUCGCCUCACACUGCACACUGCCCAGUCUCUGGGCGUCAGCAGCUUGGAGAGCGGCCAGCUUGAAGUGAUCAUGGACCGCCGACUGAUGCAGGAUGAUAACAGAGGCCUUGGCCAGGGCCUUAAGGACAACAAGAAGACGGUCAACCGCUUCCGACUGCUGCUGGAGAGCAGAUCCACAGGCAACAAGAUGAUGGACAGCACCACGACUAGCUUCCCGUCCAUACUCAGUCACAUGACCAACGCCGUACUGAACCACGAGGUGUUGGCGCUGCCCGUCCUGCCCAAGAGACGCGGCAUCCCACCGCUGCAAACCUUCGCCCCUCUCAAGUCCAUCCUCCCCUGCGACGUCCACCUGCUGAACCUGCGCAGCAUCCAGAGCCAGCAGGACCCCCACUCUCCAUCUCCGUACACGGCCUUGAUUCUUCACCGUCUGGCACUGGAUUGUGGCCUUGAAGCUCAGAAUCUGGGUUUCAACUGCACCACCACUCAAGGACAGCUGAGCGUCUCAGGACUGUUCCGGGACUUGGACCUGCAGCUGCUCCAGCCCAUGUCCCUGACCCUGAUGCACCCCGGCACGCCUCUGGCGAAUGACUCCUCCCUCAGCCUGGAUCCCAUGGAGAUCUCCGCCUUCAAGCUCAAACUUCGCUAAAGAGCCGUGCCGGACAAUACGAGGCAAUAAAAAAAGAAAAGAGAAAAACCCAGCAGAUCCUUGUACUAAGAACCAGGCCCACACGCCGGGGGCCACAGGCGGGGGGGGGGGGGGGGGGGGGGGGGGGGAGUGUCUAGAUUCUCUCCGUUUUGUCGAGCAGAACCACAACCAGGACAGCUCGGAGAGGGAGGGUCUACUGUAACAGGACUGGCUGCACAACAGGGGGCAGGCGAUAGCUUGUUACUGUGGACGUCUCCGAGAGCAGUGAAAAAGAAAAGGAAAAGAAAAAAACCAUCCCUGGUGAACUCGCGGCUCUUCUGAAACAACGGAGACAAACCAGAAAAUGAUCGUCAACAAUACGACCUGGCAUCUGUUCAUCUCUGCAAUCGAACAUGGAACCUUCAUCUUUACUUCUGCUUUGUAAGAACUCGCGUCUUUUUUCUAUCGUCACUCGGCUCCAUCCUGGACUGAACUACUGAAUGUAAAUAUCCCAAAAUGACCAGAGGGGAGGGAGGGGGUGAGACUCGUGCCACGUCUGAGUGCAAUUUACAAAGCUUUAUUUGGUGUAUGCGUUUUUAAAAUGUUAUUUUUCUUUUGAAGAAGUCACACAUUACAGUGCUUUUGUUUCAUGUAUCAAUCUGUCGUUGACUGCAGUUGAUUCUUUUUUUUCCACGACCGACUCGAAUGCAGCAAAGAGAAUGUGUGGUUCUCUCCACCGCCGCUCGCCAGGAGAACCCGCACCGCAGCUCUGUAAGCGACCGUACGUCUGAGUCCAAGAGUUCCACGUCGGACGCCACAUAAUAAUAACAACAAUGUGAUCAUAAAUCAUAACGGACGACUGUUGACCUUCUGACCGCUGGUUCCUUCUUGUAGAUAGUUCAAAGACUUCAGUUCCCCCCUCUCUUCUUUUCCUGUGCUAUACCUCAUAUAUACCACAAUGCAGACGACCGUAUGUGUGUCUGCAGAGGAUGAUGAUGAUGUGAAUUUUGAUUUUAUUUUUUUGGUGGUGGUUUGUUUUUGAGGUUACAGUGUCUACACUAUCAGGGACCACUCAUCGAUCAGUGUGGGUGUCUGUGUUGAGCUGUGCGUCACGCUUCCUGUUGUCUCAAAGUGAAAGGGCCAGUUCGACCCGACUUUACACAAAGUGUUAUUUGCCCAUGGUGAAAUCUUCCGAUAUUUGAAUUGCACUGGAGCAAAUACAAAUAAUCAGAGAAUAUUUGGUGGUUUUGCUUAAUUAAUUGAUGGGAGAAGAUGUUGUUAUCAAAAUUUCUGAUUUUGUUUAAUUUGACCAUUACAACACUAAUUGUGAAGAAGAAUUUAAUGACAUUUUGGUGUGCUCAAUUAAUUACAAUUUUAGUUCAAAAAAAGGAAAAUGCAACAGCAACACAAAGGACUUAACUAAUUCCAAGCAUUUUUGAGAAUCUUUUUUUUUUGUUCAACCUGGAACAGUGACCAAAUUAAGUAUUCUCUUAAACAAGAACAAGAGUUUUGAGUGUCCUGUUGAUGCAAACUACGACAAAGAAAACAAAGGAGCUUGUGGUAUGUGGUGAGACGGUUCAGGAUCACAUCAGGAACAUUUUAGAAAAUCCUUUUUGCUUUGUAUUUCAAAUGUGUUUAUUGGCGACGUGACUCUGGGGUGGUGGACUACAUUGUUCUGCACCAUUUAUUGUUUGCCAAGUACAACUGACAGUGGACCAGCUGGUACGUUUUGGACAAUGGUUCCAGAAAGAGACGAUGUUGAUUUUUUCCCUUUUUUUUUUUUUAGAGAUGGUUUUCUUAAAAAAUCUUCUGCAUCGUUACAUUCCACAAGAAUCACAUUUUGUGUAAUUUGGGCGAACUGACCCUUUUUUAAAAUGAGUUGGAUUGAAUGAUACACAGGAUCCUCAACACAAGAAGAAUACGUUUCUUCAAAUGAGCUGCAUUUCUUCCCCACUGCAUCAUGAUUUGCACUUUCUCCUGUCAUUCCCUACAACCUUGUCAUAACUUUCUCCCCCUGCUGUUUCAGUCUCUGUAAAAAUGUCUUCUUUUCUUUUUCAAUUGUCUUUUUUACAAUAUAAUGUGAGACCUGUUUGUAGCGCUGUUUUUUUUUUUUAUUUCUGUUCGUUUGUUCAGAGGUAAUAUAUGAAGUCGAGGUCUCUUCUGUGUUUGUUUUAUUCAUGAUGGAUCAAAGCUGCGGUAGAACUACAGAAGAGAUGGGAAGUGAAUUAAAAAUCUAAAAAUACAAA